AUGGCUGCAGACGGAAAAUUCAAAUUCUACCAUUACGAUCCUUCCUUUGGGGCGGCUGUUACUUUUGUGCUGUUCUUCACCAUUGUCACGAUUCGGCACAUUCAGCUGCUCUUCAAAAGCAGAACUUGGUCUUUUAUUGCAUUUGUUAUUGGUUGUCUCUUCGAAGCUAUCGGAUAUGUUGCGCGUGCAAUGUCCGCUCGACAGUCGCCGGAUUGGAAAUUGAUGCCGUACAUCAUGCAGAGCCUACUGGCAUUGCUUGGUCCGACCUUCUAUGCUGCUUCUAUCUACAUGGUGUUUGGGAGACUGGUCCGUCUGCUUGACGCGGGAUCUUAUUCGAUAAUCAAGACAAAAUGGCUUACGAAGUUCUUUUUACUUGGAGACGUGCUAUCCUUUUUCGGCCAGGGUGGAGGCGGCGGUAUCCUCGCAACGGCUAAGUCGGAAAGCUCUCAGAAACUCGGUAACAACGUUAUCCUUCUUGGUCUCGGGAUCCAGGUGUUGUUCUUUGCGUUCUUCAUGGUUGUAACCGUCAUGUUUCACGUCCGAAUCGCAAAGAAUCCAACCUCGAAGUCGCUUACCAUCGCCACGCCCUGGGUCAGGUUCCUCUGGAUUUUGUAUCUGGCUAGUCUGCUCAUCAUGAUACGCUCCGUAUUCCGCAUGAUAGAGUAUGCGCAAGGGAAUGAUGGCGCGUUACUACAAAAGGAGGUUUAUGUGUAUCUGCUGGACGCGACGCUCAUGGUGAUCGUAGCAGCCAUAUUUGCUGUGUAUCACCCAGGUGAGGUUCUUCAAGACUACAAUAACUUGGCGGAAACGAAAGACGAUACCAUGAUCUCUGAUAACAUUCCCCUGUCGAAAGGUGCAAGGUUCAGUCGGUCCGUCUAGGGAUUCGGAGGAACAGUACAGUUCCAUCAUCGACCUGUACAUAGAAGUUUCGCAGGUCGGCCGUGAGGAGGACAAGAGAAUAGUUGGUCAGCAAUAGAAGAC